CAAAUAAUUUCAGAAAUUAUUUUCUAUUUUUUAUAUAAAAUAGAUGCUUUUUACAGCAAUCGACGACUCGAUGGCCUAUUCAUUGUUUUGAUCUAAAUCCACAAUGGUCACUUUUGCAAGAAAGGAAGAAAUUUGCAGAUGUAGGAGGCUUUAUAAUGUCAAGAUUUUGGAGGCUGUCAGAUCAAUUUCUUUGGGAACAUUUGUUUUUAGUACCUUUUGUGCAUCGAGGCUGUGUUAAUAUAAAAUAGGAUCUACCGAUCGUUGCUGUUUUAAAUAUGGACGACAAUACACUAAGAGAGAAGAUGAGGAAACGAAGAGCUGCAAUGGAGAUGACAUUGAUGUCUGAAACUGGAUCAGUUCAAUCAGAUUAUGAUCAUAACACACGUCCCAAGAGCAGGAAUCAGGGACGUGGAGAGAGUACCAUUGUUGAGAUCAUUGAUGAAGAAGAUAAUACUGAAAUCCAGCAACUGCGUAAUGAGGAGACAGAGCAAGAUGACAUGUUGGAGGAGUUGAAGACACGACGAAUGCAGAGACAAAAUGAGUUGGGUCAAGGAUCCUGGACAGUGGCGGCCACUCCAACAAACCAGAGCACACAAGAUCUUGGUAGCUCCAUUCAGACCUUGAACUCUCAGUAUCCAGGAGGGGACGAUGAUGAUGAGAAACAGACAAACCUGAAUGCCUCAAUUAGAGAACGACUCCGCAGUAAAGUUCGCGGAAAGAAGCAAAUACGAACACCUGGUCCAACAGAUGAAGAGACUGAAGAUGUUCCAGAGAGAAAAUUACGUGGUUUGAGAUCCAGUGCGCGUGUUACACGAUUUGAUGAAGCUGGGGUGUCAACCUUGGCUGAAAAUGAAGAGUACAGAGUAGAUGAGAACGGCUACUCCAGUCCAACCUCCCGACGUAAGGCACUCGGGAUUGCGCGUCCUAAACACAGAGCAAUUCCUUCCAAUGAGGAUGCGUACCAAUUCUUCACCUGUAGCAUGGAUAUUGAUGAGGAUGAUCGGACGCAACAGACUCCUCAGCCACCCACGGAGCCGGAGACUGAGCCUGUCGAAGCAGCCGAUGACGUCAUCGAAGAGGAAUCAUUCCUAUUGGAUGAUGGCCAGCUGACGUUUCACGGCAAAGAUCCGUACAUGGCGAACGCGGAGAGACUGAAUGCAGAGGCCGAGCUUUACUUUGUUCCCAGUGUUCUGUCAGCCAACGUCUCAGACAAGAUUCCGGAAGGUGCCAAUCCACGGUACCUUGAAGACGAAGGUUUUUACGUUGGAAAACCGACCCCGAUAUCAAUUGCAAAUUUAAACAUUAUGGAAAACAGAAUACUUGGAAAAGUUAACGAGAACGGUUUAUGGUUUGGCGAGGAUGCAACUUUGAAACGUCUUCCUGAUCCGCUACGCGAGAAAUCCAGUCGACCUUUGAUGUUGGCUGCAGAUGAACUGGAUCCACAGUUGAAGACAUCAUGGGCGAAGGCCGAGAUAUCAGGAUUCGAUGACAGAUUUAUUGACAGAUCAGGAGAGAAAUGGUACCAGAUUGAUAUUGAUGUUUCCACCCUCUCGUUCACACAUCAUCCGCUGUUCAGUAAGGAGCACGUACUGCAGUCACGUUUACAAGAAAUGUACAGCAACUAUUGCAGGCGCAAGCAGCAAGCACUCUCGGUGCAUCUCACUGAAAAGCUGACGGCAUUGAAAAUGGCCCUGAAUCAGUGCUACGAAGCUGCAGAAAUGCAACUAUCGAGUUCGUCCAAAGCUAAACCCAUUCCUGACGAUCUUUCUAAGAGGAUUCGAGAUUAUGGUGUCCAAGUGAAGCAAACCAGAAAGCAAAGAGACACCGAGUGCACUACUGAUCGCAAACUGCUGAAAGAAAUCCUCGAAUGUUGGCAUGAUUUGAAACAGCUCCGUGAGGAACAGGGCUACACAAACACUCCAUCAAAGCUUGUUAUUUUCAGGGAGGUCACAAAUAAGGAACAAGAUGAAAUUGACUACCAAGAAGAGAUACAAGACGAACUUCAAGAAAGAAGGAAUCAAUUUGAGCAAGAAUUCGUCGAGAGAAUGAAGGAAUAUAAACUACAAAUGAAGGAAUGGAAGAAACGGAAAAAAUUAAGAAAAAAGCGUGCAACAGAUGAAGAACAUGGAGAACAAAGUGAACUAGUUGACGAUGUUGAAGAUGCAGCUCCUCAAAGACCCGACAACUUCAACGAAGAAGAUGAAUAUCAACUUAUAGUUGAGAAGUUUGAGAGGACGAGACGAAAACCGGGUGAACCGAUUUUGACACCGGAAUUACAGACAGCAGCGAAUGUAACUGCUGUGGAGCAAUGCCCCAGGGCUGAGCAACUAAGACGGAAAGAUGUUCAAAGAUGGCAGGCGUUUGUAAAAAUCAUGUUUAAUGAUAAGGAAGUCUCACGAACGUUGACCAAGUUUCUACCUUCUGAUUUUACCAUCCAUUUCGGUGAAAUACAUCCAGUCAAAAUUCUUCAAUGGCCUGAGAGUAUUAAACUACAGAUUCACGAGAGCUCCGGGUUACAGAACAAACUACUAACCGAAGUAUUUAUCCCCAUACCUGAAGCCAGUAAAGUUUCGGGCGCGCAGGCCAACUUAGACGCCGUUGAAUUCAGCAGCAAUGCCGAGGUUGUUUACCAGCACGAUGGUGUCGGAAGUGGUCUUGCUGUUUCGCUGCGCCCGAACAACGAGAGUGCGGCCGCAUCUCCUGUCCAGACCUAUCUCACUUCCGGCAGGAUAUUCUGCAGUUCAAGUUGGGGCUUGGAUCAUGAAGGCAAACCCUUGGUUCCACCUCAGUCUUCGGCGACCCAGCCGACACCGUAUGAAAACAUGUUAAAGUAUGAUGCCUUGGCCUCCCUUGGUGCGGCUGGGAUGAUGGAUGUUCACACGCUAGCUCAGUGGAUAAGUGAAUCGAAUCUUGACCCAAACGAUCCGGCAAAUGCAGACAUCAUGAGCUUGGUAAAGCAUACGACGUCAGAUAGCGUUAAUGGUGGACCGAAAUAUUUUAGGCUUCAUCAGUUAGAAGAUGAAACAUGUUUUGUUGACAAAGCUGAGUUGAAAAACUCCAAGAGAUUCCGUGUUUUACAACUCAGAAACGAACUAGUUCCUGAAUUUCGAAAUUUCAAGGCAGUUCCAAUUCGUGACAAAGAUAUUCCAGAUAAUGUCUUCCAGGCAUACGAAAGAAGGAUUGAUGGCGUUGACGAGGAAGACACGGACGAUGACUUCGGAGCACAUCGCGCUGCGGUCACAAAAUUUCUCAACAAGGUUCGUCAGCAAGUGAUUGCGCGAUCAUUGGUUGCCAAGCGACAGCGAGAUUUACGAGACAUGGUGAUUGAGGACGAGGUGCCUGAUGUUGGUUCGUUGGGAUUUCGUAUCGCUCAACUUCUUGCUCCAAGACGACCACUGAAGCCAGUGAGACGCGAAAGAAAAACAAUUGGUGCUCAGAAUUUAUCGGUGACAAACGUGCGUGUUCUUGUCAAUGCCGUGCGUGCUUUUGAUGUCCCCGUGAGAGUUCUUCAACCUCAGACAAGUGCCCAAGCUCUGGAUCCGCGAAGUUCAGCUCGUCCAUUGGAAGCUAGUACUGGAGCGCAAUCCGUUUUCACUGCGUCCAGUGCGUUCGGGGGGGAUGCACCUCAAAACAGACCCGCUGGUGCCAGGACCAACCCGCUUGGAGAGCCAAUGGUUCGGCCUUUUGUCGAAGUCGUUUUUCAAGGGAAUUUCAUCAGAACGUCGGUGGCAGAUGGUCCAAAUCCAAGUUGGAAUGAAGAACUGACGUUGCCGUUUAGGCCUCCAAAUGAUGAUUAUUCCCCGGCCAACCUUCAGACAGUAAAUGACGUCAUCUAUCUGAAUAUCUUUGACGAAGUUGUUGUGGACAUUUUGCAGGACGAGCAAACACGAGCCACGAACAUUCAUCAACGCUUAGAAAGACAUUGGCUCGGAAGCAUUGAACUGCCGUUCUCAACAGUGUAUUUUAACACGAAGGUUGAUGGUACUUUCAAGAUCAGCACACCAGCCGUUCUUCUUGGCUACCAGCACAACCAACCUCGUGUCCAGGGCGCCCCUGAUAUUGGUAUUGGUGCCCGCGAUCAAACCUUCCUAACGCUGUUCGUGACCAUCGAACCACCCCUACAACCAUCGCAGCCUUUGGCAGAGAAGUUCGAAUCAUCUGAAGAUGAACGAUUGAUUAACAAUGCAUACAUUUGGCUCGAGGAAUUGAAAAAGAAGUUUCCAAAGCGAGAAUUUAAGGUUCUUGCAACUGAUCUCAAUGGAAAGAAAGUGUUUCUGACGCGAUACAUCAGAGAACAGAAUCUCCCCCCUAGUUUUGGUUUCGACCCAACGAAUCCGCCCCCCAAUGCCAUGGAUGUUGCCUCUCGCUUCGUUUCUUUAAUUCCGUAUAUCUCAGACUCUGUUGCGUUUCCUGAUCUUUGUGAUUUGUGGAGCACUUCUGAUCAAUUCCUCCAGAUGUUGGCUGGUGACGAAGAGGAACACGCUGUUUUAUUGUGUAACUAUUUCCUGUGGCUUGGCAAAAGGGCUUGGCUUGUUAUUGGAACAGGAAUACCAGAGGGAUCAACAACGUACGUGCUGACCUGUCAUCAAGGCGUGUACCACUUGUGGAAUGCUCAUACCGGAGAGAAAUUCCCAGUUGGUGAUGCUUAUUGCCCUCUGCAGAACAUCGCAUGUUUGAUUAAUGCUGAAAAUAUCUGGGCAAAUAUCCAGCAUUCUGGUCAACCAUACCGCAUGUCCUUCGAUGUCAGCAAACCCAAGCUUUGGAAACCGUUUUUCACAACGAAGUAUCCGAACCCGGGCUUGACCAGUGUCCAGAAACCUCUUCUGAACUAUACAAGGACGGAUCCUCAGUACGUCACCGAACUCCAGGAAAAAAUUGAAAGAUUGCUUCGAGAUAAAAUAAUGGAAUGGCGACCGCGUUACGUUACAAGAUGGAACAGAUAUUGUUCACAAUCAUUUCGAGAUUUACUAGCAAAUAUGGAACAAACAUAUCGUCAAAGAACUGCGCAAAAUCACAAAACCGAAUUAGAUCACAUCCUAUCUUCAUACAAGCUUUCUGGUUUUCCUCUGCAAAUGGCGUUCACGGACAUCAGACCAGUGAUCGAUACGGUUCAUAGUACUGGAGUUCAUCUAACAGAGGAUGCAAAUGUUGAGUUUGCUUUGGCGGUUCACAUUCAUCCAUAUCCAAACAACGUGUUAUCACUGUGGGUUUAUGUCGGAACAUUAACCAGGAAGAUACGCUAUUACUGAUGAAAUUCAGGUCAGUCCGUUCUGUGUUGAAACGAUUUGUGCUUUUGGUAUGCGGAACACAAACUUUAUGCGCUUGGCAAUGAAAUAUAGCGGCAAACCACCCGAUGCUAUGUUGCUUAAUAGUUAAAAAAAUCAAGAGAAUGAAACUAUAAAUCAUUGCCAAUUGUAAAUUAGCUUGGAUGUAUUCGUCUGGACGGAUUUGGGUAAAGAAAAGUUUAGAUGUUUCAUCGACAAACUGUCUUUUCUUAGCCUUAAAUGAUGUGCAAACGAGUGGUCCGUCUUUUGUAUGAAUCAGGCCUUUGCUUUUGCCUUCGACCGAAGUCUAAUUUCUCAAGGUUAUAAUGCAUGAUCACUCUUUCUUGUCGUAAAGCGCAUUAACAGCGCACGUUUACGUAUUUUAUCGUCUGCCAAAUGUAAUCAUGGUGUCGUCGUUUUAUGCACGUAUUUUUGCAUUGUUCAUACAUGUAUGAUAUUGUAUAGUGUAACAUAUAUUUAUUAAAACGGAUUUCA